AUGGAGCCAACAUUAAAUCAAGUUACUGGGUAUUGCGUUAUCAUUUUUGGAAGUUUAUUUUUCAUAAUUUUGAUAAAUUCAAUUACAUACAUUCAAAAUAAAUAUACAGGAAAUGAUUCAAGAAAAGCUGAAGAGUUUGUGAAUGCUAAUAGAAAUGUGGGUUUUGGAUUAAUGGUAGCCUCAAUUACAAGUAAUUGGACCUGGUCUUUAACAUUAUUGGAAAGUUCAGUUAAAGGAUAUACUAUAGGUGCAAGUGGAGGUUAUUUUUAUGCAAUUGGAGGAUUAUUACAAGUGUUUUUAUUUGUAAUAUUAUCAUCAAAGAUUAAAAUGAAUUGUAAUCUUUUAACAACUUUUGUUGAAAUGGGUUAUUUUAGAUUUGGAGUCGCAGGUCAUUUGAGUUUUUUAUGGUGUGGAUUUGUAUGUAAUGCUAUAGUUAGUGCAUGCAUUCUUCUUGGUGGAUCAUCUGUAUUUACUGCUAUUACUGGUAUUAAUCAAUAUGCUGCAUUAUUUUUAAUUCCGUUUGGUUGUGCAUGUUAUAUAAGUUUUGGUGGUUUAAGAGCAACUUUUAUUUCAGAUGCUACACAUACAUGUAUCAUUUUAAUCUUUAUCAUAGUAUUUGUUAUUAAAGUUUACUUUGGAAAUGACAAAAUUGGUUCUACUGAGAAAAUUUGGGAAGCUUUAAAUACAUUACCUUCGGUUGAAGGAAAUUUUCAUGGACUGUACCUAACUUUCAACUCAAAAUCAGCAGCAGUAUUCUCAAUUAUCAGCGUCAUACUGGGUUUAGGUUUGGUGAUUAAUGAUGAAUCAUAUUUCAGUCGUGCAAUCGCUAGUAACGAGAGGCAUGCAUCUAAAAGUUACUUUUUUGCAUCACUUUGUUGGUUUUGCAUUCCAUUUGCUAUGGGUAUGAUUGGAGUUGCCGCCAAAGCCCUUUCAAUUUAUUCAGAUUUCCCCACAUUAAGUGAACAAGAGGUUGGAGAAGGUUUACCAGCUGUUGCUACAAUAGUUUACUUAAUGGGCAAGUCAGGAUCAGCUAUGUGUUUGAUAAUGAUUUUUUUCUCCGUUACCUCUUCCUUUUCAGGUGAGUUGAUAGCAACCUCAACAUUAAUUUCAGUUGACAUAUUUAAACGUUAUUAUAAAUCGGAUGCAACUCCUCAACAAGUUGUAAAAGUGGCCAAAAUAAGUGUUUUUUUGUGGGCUAUAUUUUCAUCAUGUUUGUCAUCAAUUUUUUACGGAGCUGCAAAAAUUAAUAUGGGCUGGUUAUUUAAUUUUCUUGGAACGAGCACUGCCAGUGGUGUUGUGCCUAUCAUUCUUCUGGUAACUUGGAAAGAUAUCAAUAGAGCUGGUGCGGUUGGUGGAUGUAUUGGUGGAAUGGUUUUGGGAAUAACUGCAUGGCUAGUCAUGUGCAAAGCUUAUUUGGGAGAGAUCACAGUCACUAACUUAUCAAACCAAUGGGUCUCAUUCACUGGUAAUGUAACAUCAUUAGUGUUGGGAGGAGUUAUAUCGGUUUCAUUAUCUUUGAUAUGGCCAGCUAAUUUUGAUUUUGAUAAAACAAGAAAUAGGACUACUUUGGAAGAGAAUACAGAGGAGAUCAAAAAGGAAAAAGAAGUUGAAGAAGUAGAAAGUCUGGCAACUCCUAAUAAGACUGAAAAAAUUGAGAAAGCACCAGAAGUCUUAAUGCAUGUUGAUACCGAAUCAAAUAGCUCAGACUUAAGUAUAAAAGCAAGACCUGAAAUUGAUCAAAAGUACUUGAGACACCAAUAUAAAAAAUACCGUGGAUUGGCUGCUCUAUUAUCAUUCAUUAUGGUCAUAGUUAUUCCAGUGCCAUUGUGUUCUUCUCCAUAUGUCUUCAGUCCAAAGUUUUUAUUAGGUUUUAUGAUUGUUAUACUUUUAUGGUUAUUCUUCUCCUUCUUUUUUGUUGUAAUUUUACCGGUGAUUGAAUCAAGAAAAAGUAUUUGGAGGAUUAUCAAAACUUUGAUCAUAAAGAAGAAGUAA